CGUCCAUGGAUUGAAAACGAACCCGUUCGUCGACAUCAUCACUUUUCGUUGACGUGCAUAGCGACACCGCCUUUUCCAUAUCCCGCAACAUACAAAUCUUUUGCUCUAAAGGAUCAAUACCUGAUUCAAUUGCUUUACGGAGCUUCGGAGCUUCUAUCUCCUCCCCAUCCCUCACGGCCUUCCAUCCUUCGAAGCAACCGAUUCGAACCCAAUCCCCGGCAUGGGUCUCUUCGAUCCGUUCAAGUCGCCCGAAGCCAAACGCGCCGAAGAAGUGCGUGCCGGUGCCGUGGCCCCAGAUCGUCGCGAGCGCGCCAAGUGCUGGGAAGCCCGCGACGCUUACUUUGCCUGCCUCGACCGCGUCGGGGUGAUCGACGCCCUGAAGGAUGAUAAACAGGCGCGGAAAGGCUGUCCCGCCGAGAACGCUGCAUUUGAACGGGACUGCGCUGCUGCUUGGGUCAAGUAUUUCAAGCAGUGGCGUGUAGCCGACAUCCAGAAGAAAGCCAGAAUAGCCCAGCUCGAAGCCGAGGGUGCGGUCCAGAUAGAGCUCACACCAACAUUCGAGGAGGCGGCAAGUGGUGAUUCUGGUUCCAGUGGCGUACCCAAGGGUACAAGUAAGGAGGAAAUUCAACAGCUACUUGCUAAGAAGAGGGGCUGAAUUGGAGGCAUCCCUUUCUUGCACUUCCUACCGCGAGGUGAAAGGGGCCGAUGAAGACGGCGACGAGACGCUACGACCGCCUUGGCUACCCUCGACUCGAAGCGGAACCUCUCUCGCACCUUGAACGGAGGCUGCAUAUACUGUACAAUACUGGGCGCUGUAUCAUAUUUCUCCUGGCCAUCUAUUCUCACGACGGCACCAAAGUGUCAAGUCUAUGCACAUUCUCAACUUAUGUAUAAUGAAAAAUAUAGUACUAUUUCUUAGGGGGCCUGAUUCCGCAACUUCCUCAGGACGGGGGACUACGGAGUUGACCAGCAUUAUUGCACGAUGCAAGAGCUUUCCCUC